UCCCCGGAAGUGUACCCUAUAAUCCCAGGUCCUGGCUGACCUUACCGGAAGUGUACCGUACAAUCCCAGGAAGCGGGAAAGAGAGUGGACACGUAAAGCCUAUGGAAGCUGCAGUGAAGGCUAUGCUCAGAGGGAAACUGUGGACGCAAGUUCAUCUCCUAAACCCCACUGGACCGACGCCCAGCUCUGGGCCGGCUGUGAAGACCAAAUGCUGCACAGUGUACGUCCUAGGAGCCUGUGGCUGCUUCAACCACUGACCAUUUUGCUGCUGCUGGCUUCUGCAGACAGGGGAGCUGCAGCUCUCCCGAAGGCGGUGCUCAGCCUCCAGCCCCCGUGGAUCAACUUGCUCCAGGAGGACAACGUGACUCUGAGCUGCCAGGGGCCCCACGCGCCUGGGAACAGCCCCACCCGCUGGUUCCACAAUGGGAACCCCAUCCCGGCCCAGGUCCAGCCCAGCUACCGCCUCCAGGUGAGCAGCAAUGACAGUGGAAACUACAGCUGCCAGACGGACCAGACCAGCCUCAGUGACCCCGUGCAUCUGGACGUGGUUUCCGACUGGGUGCUGCUCCAGACCCCUCGCCUGGUGUUCCAGGCCGGGGAGACCAUCAAGCUGAGGUGCCACAGCUGGAGGAACAAGCCUCUGCACAAGGUCAUAUUCUACCAGAAUGGAGAAUCCAAGAUGUUUUCCUACCAUAAUUCCAGCUUCUCCAUCCCACAAGCCAACGCCAGCCACAGUGGCGAGUACCACUGCCUGGGAAUCAUAGGGAGCACGAAAUGGGUGUCACAAUUUGUGACUAUCACCAUCCAAGUUCCAGCCAUCUCUCCAUUCUUCCUACUGUGGCAGAUGGCAUUCUGCCUGGUGAUGGGAUUCCUGUUUGCAGUGGACACGGGGCUGUACUUCUUUGCGCAGAGAGAACUUCGAAGCUCACUGAGGAAGGGGGAAAAUGACAAAGUCACGUGGAGCAAGAGCCCUCAGGAUAAGUGACCUGCGUCCCGUGAUGUAACAGCAGCCGCAGCACCUUUCCUCCUGCCCCCAGCCCCUCCCUGACAUCCACCUGGACUACGGAAGAGCCUGUGAUCUGCAGAGCCGGCCGUCAUGCUGGCCUCACGGAGUUCCUGAGGGCACAGACACAGCCCACCCAACUGUGCAAGGACAAGGAGCCAUAGUGAGAGUGUUUAUAGACCCUCGAUGGAGGCUACUCAGAUACAAAAACAGCAAAUCCUGCGUCCACUUUCAGACUAUAGCCAGCAUGCUGACCACUUCUUAGUACUCUCCUGCUGCCAGCACCUCGGUCCGAGCCACCACCAUCCCUCGCUGGGCUGACUGGACAGCCUCCUGACCGGUCCCUACACACCCCCUUGCGCCCUGCAGUCCAGUCUUAGCACCCUGCCAAAGCGGCCUUGCUAAAGUGUGUGUUGAGGUGCUCACCUGUGUCCUUCGCAGGCUCUGCAGGCACCUCGUGACCUUGAUCCUCGCUGCUUCUGGCCUCAUCUGCUGCUCCUUGCUUCCUUGAACACACUAGUUGUACUUCUGCUCAGAGCUCAUGCUAUUUCCUGUUUCUGGAAUGUUCUUUCUGACAGAUGUCACAUCAUGGUCUUUACUCAAGUGUCA